UGGCCAUUCCAAGACUAGCAUCGUGAUAGAGCACGUCAUUCUGUUGGAGGAGAGUUAAUUCGAAGAAACAAAUUGAAUCAGGGAAAAUGGCGUCAGCAGCGACGAGCCCACAAGCGGGCUCCUCGCGAAGGAAGGGAGGGAAGCGACCGUCACUAGACUCUACUAACGGCCCCACCACCGAGGUGAAAACUGAAUCAUCAAGUCCAAAGAAAUUCAAGCAAAUAGAAGAUACCACUCCCGUAAAGACCAAGAAAGAAAAUACAGAACCAUCUACAGCUGCAAAGAACAACAAAAAAACAAAGGAGCCUGAGACAAUUAAAGAAGAAGCAAGUCUUCAGGCUAAUAAAGAAAAUCAGAGUAAUCGAAGUGGUGUUGCAUUUGAUUGGACAUCAGAGGAUCUUAGUCAUUUGAUUAACAACUUAGCAACCUGCUUGCCCAAAAUAGACACUGUGAGGUAUAAUACACUCGUGGAGAAACUGGACUGGGACAAGGUGUGCUUUGGUUCAUACACUGGUGUGCAGUGUAAGGAGAAAUGGUUGCAAAUCAUGACAAGGCUACGUCGCUUUAGAACACUUACUGACAUGGUAAAUGAUGCCAAGGAAUGGGUAAAACACCCAUGGUCAUCAUUUUCAUCAUCUAAGAAGCAGAAACAUCCUGAAAUGCCAAAGAAGCCAUUGACCCCUUACUUCAGAUAUUUUUUGGAAAAACGACAGAAAUACAGCCGUGAACAUCCUGAUAUGUCCAUGACAGACCUUGCUAAGCUAUUGUCAAAAAAGUUUCAGCAACUACCAGAGAAGAAAAAAUUAAAAUACAAAGAGAGCUAUGAAAAAGAAAAUGAAGUUUACAAACAGGAGCUUGAGAAAUUUAAAAAAGAACAUCCAGAUCAGUUUCCAGUGACAGAUUCAAAACAUCCCUCUUCUGGCAAUGCAGGACCAGCAAAACCCCAGACUCCAUUCAACCUGUUUCUUGCUGAUCGAAUGAAAAGAAGUGAAUAUGCAGGACUUGAAAAGAAAGAUUCAUUGGAGAAAGCUAGAAAACAGUGGAAUGCUCUCUCAGAUGGCAAGCGAAUUAAAUGGAUAAGAAAAGCAGUCCAGGAAGAACAAAAAUUUUCUGAGGAUGUAGCAGGUUACCUUCAAUCCCAUCCAGACUUUAAACCUAACCCUGUUAAAAAUGUUCUAAGUAAAGCGGAAAAAGAAUUAAAAGAUCGUUAUGAUGGAAAACCUGAACGCCCUCCAAACUCUGGAUAUAGCCUUUUUUCCCGAAUCAUGUUAUGUGAACUUAAGGAUGUCCCCUCCAAAGAGAAGAUGGCAGAAAUCUCCAAAAGAUGGAAACUUCUUAGUGAUUCCCAACGAGACUUCUACAACAAACAAGCUCAAAAGGCAAAUGCUAAGUACAAGGAAAAGUAUGCAAUAUACUUAAACAGUUUAUCUGAAGAGGAAAGACAGAGAGUGUUAACAGAGAACAAAACUCCAAAAAAGAAAAACACAGAUACCACACCCAAUGGCAACAUAAUCAAAGGAAAAACGUUAGACUCAGUUUCAGCUUUUGAUGAUAAAGAUGACAAGUCCAAGAAACCAACAACUCCCCUUACCUGUUAUCAACAAGAAAAGUUUCAGUCGGCAAAAACCAAAAACCCAGAAAUGUCGAAAGCUGAUUUACUGAAAUUAUUAAGUAAAGAGUUUAAAGAGCUCACUGAAAAGAAAAAGGAGAAAUACAAACGAAUGGCAGAAGAAGCCAAGAAACAAUCAUUUGAGACAAAUGGGAUAAAGGGAAAGGAGGCUGGACUGGAAUGUCCCAUCUCUAGGAAAGGUUUGUUCAAGGGUGAACCCAAGAAACCUCCACAGAGUGGAUAUGGAGUCUUCUCCUCAGAAAUGCUCAGCAUUCUGACAGAAGUGGAUCCAAAAAAUAGAAUGGCAGAAAUUGCCAAGCGUUGGAAGGCCAUGUUAAAUAGAGAUAGAGAGAAGUACAAGAAGCGAUCUCAAGAUUUAAUGCAGAAGUACAAUAAAGAGCUUCAGAAAUUUUUGGCUGGACUUUCUCCUGAAGAUCGAGAAUUAUAUGAUCAGGUGCGUUCUAAGAAAAGAAAGGUCGAUAAUAAAACUGCUCAGCCAUCCAAAACCGCAAAACAACAAGAUGAGAAGACAGUUUCAACCCAAAAGGAAGAAAGUGAAUCUGAAAGUUCAGAUGAGGAGGAAUCAUCAUCUGGAGAUGAUAAUGAUGAGGGUGAUGCCCAGGAUGAGCAAUCUGGAGAUUCUGAUGGUGAGUCUGAUUCAGGUUCAGAAGAAUCGGGGAGUGAAUCUGAUGAUGAUGAUGAUGACGACGACGAUGAUGAUGAUUCAGAUGAUGAUGACAAUGAAGAAGAUAAAAAAAAGGAAGGAAAAGAAGAUAGCAGCUCUGAAGACAGUGACAGUGACAGCGAGAGUGGAAGUGGUUCUAGUGAUGACAGUAGCGAAUCUGGAUCUGAGAGUGAGAAAGAAUGAAAUUUGGUAUAUCAGAGAAAGAAAGUAUAAACACUGAGAUAAUGUUGAAACUUUUUGACUAAAAUGAAGUAAAAGUGCCUUGGGCAACUUUAAAACGGUAUUGUAUCCAUUUUUAGAUGAAGUGAAACCUUGAAUAUCCUUUACCACCAUUCUUCUCAUACCAGUAAUAGAAAAGUCUAAUUAAAACUACUAUACUCUAGAAACUGGAAUUCUUCCUAGACAAAAACAAGCAGUUGGGAUUUUUUUAAGAAAUAUUAUGAUAUAAUGAAUGCCCUAAAAAAAUUUGGGAUUUUGUGUUGAAUAUUUCAACAAAUUGUAUCAACCAGGAUUUAAUCCAGAAAAUACCAACUGGACAAAGUUAGGAUUCUCCUACUACACGUUGUGUUUAACGGAACAUAUUGCAUACAGAAGAAAAUUCUGUAGUGGCAAUUAAAAUAUGACAAGUGGUAUAAGGCCUUAGUUGUGGUAUGCACAAAAAUAAUUGAUGGUGAAGGAUUAUCUAUGGUAGGUAGCUGCAUUUCAUCAGCAGUUUCCUUGCAAGUUGUUAAAUACAUUAUAAGAAGAAUGAACACAUCCAUCUAUCCCAAACUGUUUUUCAUACCUUACCUCACUACCUGUUUGAAACUAUCAAACAUCCUAGCUUUUAAAAGAUACACAACUUUUAUGAUUGUGGUCACUCUUUCUAUGUCAGAGGUAUUUUUGCACCUUUAUACUGAUGGCACAUCUCCCCUUAUUAACAGAAUAUAUAUAUAUAUAUGUCUAUAGGUGAAAUAUUUUUUUGCAGAUUUUCUUUUGAAAUUUUAAACAGAUCUUGUGAUCUUUAUCUAGCAAGUUCAACAGAGAAAAAAAAAAAGAGUAAUUGAUCAGGAGUUGUUGAAUGUCUAACUGUUGCUGUGGAUGAAAUAAGACAAUAUAAUAAACUUGUCACGUUUGUCUCUUGUUGCUUAUUGCUUGUGUGGUUUGUUUAUGAAUUGGACCAGAAUAGUGUAAUCUUUAAUGUGCCAUCUUGUUUCAGUGUUAUCAAACUUCUACGUUUCAUAUGUGUAGUGGAAGUUGGGCUGAACACAUAAGCUAAAAAAAAAUGUCUAAUGUCCAGAUUUGCAGAUUUUUAGAUGAAAGUGUGUUAUCUUCUUCAUGUUUUUAAUUCAUAGGUCUUACAGUACUUUCUUCUGGUUGCUUUGUUUUUGUACACAACCACAGCUGGUUUGUAUUUGAACCAGCAUAUUGAUUAAAUAAAAACUUGUUAACUUCUCA